AAGCAAGUGAGCGGGAGUAGUUAUACGGACUCAGGUGGGAAGGUAGGGAGUAACUUCAACAGUAAGAACAGCUCAUACUCGGUGGCUCAGGUUUUAUCUUGUCAGGAUUAGGAAUAAACAGCUUUCAUCAUGGUGGAUUAUCACGCAGCUAAUCAGCAUUAUAACAACAGUGGUGGUGGUAGUACACCUACCUACAUGGCGCAGGAGGACGAUUGGGAUCGGGAUAUGCUAUUGGAUCCGGCCUGGGAGAAGCAGCAGAGAAAGACUUUCACAGCAUGGUGCAAUUCUCAUUUGAGGAAAGCAGGAACACAGAUAGAAAACAUAGAUGAAGAUUUUCGAGAUGGAUUGAAGCUUAUGUUGCUACUAGAAGUUAUUUCCGGUGAGCGGUUGCCUAAGCCAGAACGAGGGAAAAUGAGAGUGCAUAAAAUCAAUAAUGUGAAUAAAGCACUGGACUUCAUUGCAAGCAAAGGUGUUAAACUGGUGUCUAUAGGAGCUGAAGAAAUUGUGGAUGGAAAUGCAAAGAUGACCUUGGGUAUGAUUUGGACAAUUAUCCUUCGAUUUGCAAUCCAGGAUAUUUCUGUGGAAGAAACUUCUGCCAAGGAGGGUUUGUUGCUGUGGUGUCAGAGAAAGACUGCCCCAUACAAAAAUGUCAACGUACAGAAUUUCCAUAUCAGCUGGAAGGAUGGUCUGGCAUUUAAUGCACUUAUCCACCGACAUAGACCAGAGCUCAUUGACUAUGAUAAGCUCAGAAAGGAUGAUCCUGUUACAAAUCUUAAUAAUGCCUUUGAAGUAGCAGAGAAAUACCUGGAUAUUCCAAAGAUGUUGGAUGCAGAAGAUAUUGUAGGCACUCUAAGGCCAGAUGAGAAGGCCAUCAUGACAUACGUUUCCUGUUUCUACCAUGCCUUUUCAGGUGCGCAAAAGGCUGAGACAGCAGCUAAUCGUAUCUGCAAAGUGUUGGCAGUUAAUCAAGAAAAUGAGCACCUUAUGGAAGAUUAUGAGAGACUUGCGAGCGAUCUACUUGAAUGGGUCCAACGCACCGUUCCUUGGUUGGAGAACAGAGUUCCAGAGAAGACCCUUCCAGACAUGCAACAGAAGCUGGAGGAUUUCCGUGAUUACAGGAGAGUUCACAAGCCACCCAAAGUGCAGGAAAAAUGCCAGUUAGAAAUCAAUUUCAACACACUGCAGACCAAACUGAGGCUCAGUAACAGGCCAGCUUUCAUGCCUUCUGAGGGGAGAAUGGUUUCGGACAUCAACAAUGCCUGGCAGCACCUUGAACAGGCAGAGAAAGGCUGUGAAGAAUGGAUGCUGAGUGAGAUCAGAAGGCUAGAAAGGCUGGACCAUUUGGGAGGAAAGUUCCGACAGAAGGCUGACAUUCAUGAAUGCUGGACUGAUGGAAAGGAAGCUAUGCUGAAACAGAAGGAUUAUGAAACUGCCACCUUGUCUGACAUCAAAGCCUUAAUCAGGAAACAUGAGGCCUUUGAGAGUGACCUAGCAGCACACCAAGACCGUGUAGAGCAAAUAGCUGCCAUUGCACAAGAACUCAAUGAACUAGAUUACUAUGACUCUCCCAAUGUUAAUGCACGCUGUCAGAAGAUUUGUGAUCAGUGGGAUGUCCUUGGCUCCUUGUCGCAGAACAGAAGAGAAGCUCUGGAGAACACUGAGAAGCAGUUGGAGACAAUUGAUCAGCUGAACCUGGAGUAUGCCAAGAGAGCUGCACCUUUUAACAACUGGAUGGUUGGAGCCGCAGAAGACCUACAGGACAUGUUUAUUGUUCAUACUACAGAUGAAAUUAAGAGUCUAAUUACAGCUCAUGAACAGUUCAAAGCUACAUUGGCAGAUGCAGACAGGGAACGAGACGCUAUCUUGGGCAUUCACAAUGAAGCACAGAAAAUUGCAAAACACAGUAAUAUUAAGCUGUCUGGGAACAAUCCAUACACCUCGGUCACACCCCAGGUCAUCAACUCAAUGUGGGAUAAGGUUCAGCAGUUGGUGCCAAAGAGAGACCAGGCUUUGCAAGAUGAACUAAACAAACAACAGUCUAAUGAGCAUCUGCGUCGACAGUUUGCGUCCCAAGCAAAUGUUGUUGGACCCUGGAUACAAAACAAAAUGCAGGAAAUCGGUCGCAUUUCAAUUGAGAUGCAUGGCACUUUAGAGGAUCAGCUUAACAACCUGAGGCAGUAUGAGCAGAGCAUCGUCAACUACAAGUCCAAUAUUGAUACACUUGAGCAGCAGCACCAGCUCAUCCAGGAGGCCCUCAUUUUUGACAAUGUGCACACCAACUACACAAUGGAGCACAUCCGUGUUGGCUGGGAACAACUACACACCACAAUUGCCAGAACAAUUAAUGAAAUAGAGAACCAGAUUCUCACUCGUGAUGCCAAGGGUAUUAGCCAAGAGCAGCUGCAUGAGUUCCGGACAUCAUUUAAUCACUUUGAUAAGGACCACAGCGGCAAACUUGGAGCAGAAGAGUUCAAGGCGUGUCUUAUCAGCUUGGGAUACGAUGUUGAAACAGAGAACAAGGGUGAAGCAGAAUUUGCACGGAUAAUGGCGAUUGUUGAUCCUAACAACACAGGAAUGGUGACUUUCCAGGCAUUCAUUGACUUCAUGUCCAGGGAGACUACAGAUACAGAUACUGCAGAUCAAGUUAUUGCUUCCUUCAGAAUUCUCGCUGGUGACAAGAAUUACAUCCUUGCUGAUGAGCUACGAAGAGAGCUACCUCCUGAUCAAGCGGAGUACUGCAUUGCUCGUAUGGCACCAUAUAGGGGUCCUGAUGCCGUGCCUGGUGCCCUUGACUACAUGUCUUUCUCUACAGCUCUGUAUGGUGAAAGUGAUCUGUGAGCAGUUUCUGCUUUCCCUGCUGCUGCUGCCAUAGUUUCAUUAUUCUCAUUCCAGCUUUGAACAAUAACUUUUUAGUAUAUGAAAAAAUAGUGGGGUUAAGUAAACUCUGACUCCUGACCAAGGAAAUAUCCAAUUUGUUUUGGAAGUCAUACAUUCCAGAUGUGUGCUCAAUAAAUAUCUAUGCAAUUGUUUUCACUUUUCUGUUUAUCAAGCACUGAGGUUUCUACAUGUAACCUGGAUUCAGAGAAUGCUUAUACCAAGUUGUCUUAUACCCCAGUGUGUGUUGUAACACAGAAUAGCAGUUUCCAUCAGAUAAGAUGAGCCAGUUUCUUGUCCUGAAUGACUUUUGUUUUGGCAUUUCUUAAAUUCAUUUAACCUGAAACCCACACAUAAUGUUGUACCUGGUUCCAGUUUGCAUUUGAAUGUAAUCUCAUUUUAACUGAUUGUAAAAGUAGAGGAAAUGUGAUGUUUGGGGGGGGGGGGUAGGUGAUAAAAUGCCCAUUUUUGUUCUACUUGCAUCCAUUUGUUCCAGGCCCUGUCAUGAGGCCACCUGUAUCUCAUAUUUUGUUGCAAAUGUUCAUUCCCUUGCCCCUUGUAGGGGAAGGUUAAUAAGCUGGUGAAUCCACCACUGUGCAUCACAAUUCAGCAGUGGCGCAUUAAUUUAAACUUAUUUAUGAAAUCUGCCUUCAGUAACUGUAACCAGAUACUAAUAUAACCCACCAUGAACUCCUGGUAAACUGUGACCGUAGAGUGUGUAGUCCAGUGUUUAUGGGGUUAAGAACUAAUGCUGUUCCACGCUACAUAUUUAAGUAGGAGUCCAGAAACUGUUAAAAGCCUACCUUCUGUGUGGAAGAAAUGAAACCGUUUUCUAGACUGGUUAAGGCAGAUUCAGAGUAAUAAGGAUGGGGUUUAGGCUUCAUGGCGCUCUCUUAUAUUCUGUAGCACGAGACAGAAGACUGAUGAGCUACUAGGAUUUAUUUGUUGUAUUGUUAUAGUAAGACACCCUGACAAGGGAGCAAAAGGCAAUAAGUGGCAUAGAGUAAAGUAUAUUUAUCUCUAAAGUAUUUAAUCUUGAUUUUGUUUUUCAUUGUAUAUACUGCAGUGAUCAUUGUUAUCUUCUGAUGAAGCUGGGCUUUUGUUUCUUGUUGACACCCCUACAGGAAUUAGGGAGAAUUUGGGGAGUAGAGAGCUACUUUUAAUUUUUUUUUUUACAUUUUUUUUUGUUUGGACUUAAAACAAGGAUUUAAAAGCAAGGAUUUAGUUUGGGGUGCUUGGUUGCAAUUUUUUUUACUGACAGACGCAUAACAUUAGUGGUAUAACAUGGCCUUACUGUUACUGUGGUAUGGUCUCCUGAAUUGACGUGUGCAUACAGUAUAAAAGCAAAGACAUUUGUAAAGUAAAUGUCAUUCCUUCUAUAUCUCUCUUUUAUUAUGGGGUCUGAUUUAGCAGCAAAAAACUGAGAGGCCUUGUAUUUCGUAUUUCCAGAUUGCACUCUGCCCCAAAGAAAUUGCAGCAGGCUCUGACAGCAAUCAUUGCAUUUUUUAGCACAGAAGAGGUGUGCAGAUCAUACUUCAUUUGAAGUAGACUUGCUUCAAGUUGUACUAUUCUGGAACUGGCAGGCUGGCUUUCUUUGUUAACCUUCUGUAGGUUUAUGGCUGGUAGACUCAGAAGGCGUAUUGCAUGAGACCAUCUCUGCUGCAACUGAGUUUACUUCCACAGGAUAGUAGUUCAUGUUUAAUACAAGAUAAACAGACUACUGGAAAUCCUACUGUUUGGAACCAAACUGGUAGUUGACACUUAGAUUUCUUAAUCCAUUCAGACCAUUUUUAUUUGUGGACCAAAAUACUUUCAUGGGUUACUGUUGUAUGAACCUGGGAAUCUGUUAAAUAUAUAAUCUUUCUAUAGAUAUGUAAUGGAUUUUUGUGUAAUUAAAACGCUGAUUAUUAAAACAAUGAAAUUUGUAACAAAACAUUCCAAGCCUUGUACUGUUCCUGGUAUAUUUUGAAUAUUGUAGUAGAGAAUUUCCAUUUAUUACAUUUAAAUUGCAACGUGCUAGCACAGUUGUAAAGUAGGGGAAGGUGCCAGCUCUGUUGCUGUGCUUUGAGGGUGAUAUGCUUGGGUAUUUUUGGAAAUGGCCUGCCCCUCUUAAUAGAGCAAUAAAAUCAUAUUUUUAAGUAA